AUGAACCAGCAGCCACCCACCCAGAAUCAAUCCCAGGCGCCAGAUGCAGCCGGCCAGGGUGAAUGGGAUGAAGCCCGUCUCGAGGAAGCCAUGCAGCGGCUCAAGCUCCUGCAUAUCAAGGUUCGGCUCUUGAGAGACACCAUACCGCAGAUGAUCCAGCCGCUUCUGCAGAAGCAGCCCUCACGUAGGCGCCCUAUUCCCACACGGAAACAACUUCAGCUGAUGCAUCUCAUCACAGCCGACGCCAUGUUUGCCGCCUACAUGAAGUCCAUCACUGAAGCGCAGAACAACGUCAAGGAGUUCACCGAACUAAUGCGCGAUGACUUCAGCCAGCAAAUAGCUGCUCAAGUCCAGAAGAGGCAAGCAGAGGAGCCGAAUGGCAUCGUGCCAUGGCGACACCAGGACCACCCCGACUGGUUCACUCUUGACAAGAAAUGA